AUGCAGUCUGGGAUAUCAGCGUCUUCCGAUUUACACGAUGCCUUCGCGUCCUUCCUCUCUACGCCCUCGCUUUUCUCCCUCCCCAUAACAAUCGAAAACGAACAGCUUGUCCCUUUGCAACCUAUACCGUUUAGUUCUAUAACUGAUGGCGCUGCAAAUCUCGAGUGUUUCUAUUCUUCACUCCCAUCCCUGAAGGAUGUCAUCCAGCCGAAAACCCCUCUAUACAUUCUUCUCCGCCGGUUUCCGCCAGAAGAUUCUGCGGAGUCACAACUGAUUGCCCUCACGUACAUUCCCUCGAACAGCCCCGUACGUGCUAAGACGCUUUUCGCGAGCACCCGUGCCACGGUGGUUCGCGAAUUAGGCUCCAAGAAAUUCUGCGAUACUGUUUUCGCAGCUGACGAAGAGGAGGUCUUGAGCGAGAGUGUCUGGAGAGAAAGAGAAGCGGAUAAGAAUGCCGCGAGGGGUGGAAGCGGAAAUGGCACUGGUGAAGGCGCGGAUGAUGCUGAGAGAAGGAGACAAGCUGUUAUGGGUGAGCAGGAGAGAGAGCUGGAUGCGCUCCGACAGGCGGAGAAUGAGGCGAGAAGUAUGUCAAGGAGGAGAGAUAUUGGGAUUGGAGGCACUGCGGGCACAGAUGGACCAGCCGAUAUCAAAGGAAUUGCGUUUCCAGUUGGGGAGGGAGUGAAAGAAGCCCUCCAGGGCUUGCAGAAUAACGAAGGAGAAGCUGUUUUACUGGGCAUUGACAUUCCAACGGAGACUCUCACACUUGUUUCCAUUGAAUCGAAUGUUACUCCUGGCUCGCUAGCUGGUUGUAUUCCUAGCUCGAAACCUCAGUAUACCUUUUACCGCCAUCCAAAUUCCUCCGCAGUCUUGUUCAUCUAUACCUGCCCAUCGUCAUCUGCAAUAAAGGAACGUAUGUUGUACGCCAGUUGUCGUGCGGGAACAUUGGUGGUCGCUGCGGCACAAGGAUUGAACGUUUCGCACAAAAUCGAGGCAUCUGACGCUGAUGAUAUCACCCAGCAACGAUUGGAAGAAGAGAUUUGCCCUCCGAAAGAUGAGGGGCCCAAGCGAGGCUUUGCGAGACCAAGAAGACCAGGGCGUUCGAUUGCCUCAGCCGUUGCGUUGCCUGAUCCGGAUCCUCCGAGUCCUGACACGCCCUUGAAAAGAAGACAGGCGCCUUUAGAAGAGGAAAAUCAUAGCAAGCGGCGUCGAGUGAGCACUACGGAGGAUUCCAACAAGUCACCUACAGCACCGGAAAGUAAUAUACAGGGAGAAGAAACACUUACGCGGCGAAAAGGGGGUGCAGACGAUGAGCGGAAGAGGGGCAAAAGACUCUUCGGCGCAUUACUUGGGACCCUUUCACAGACGUCAUCUACAGCUGCACAGAAACGACGCGCAGAUAUCGAGCGAAAACAACAAGCAAAGCUUAAGAAACAGGAUGAAGAAUACAAUGAAGAAUCGCGGCGGAAACGUCAAGAGCUAAUGGCUCGGAGAAAGGAAGAACAAAGAGUAUACGAAAGAGAGUCGAUCCAAACCCGACACGCAAACAUGCGAGCGAUGGCUCAUUUUCUCCAAACCAAAACCAAACCAACGCUGUACUAUAAGCCAUGGCAGCUACGCCCUGAAGACGAAGAUGUUAUCAAGACACAGAUUGAAGAAACGCAGGCUGUAAUCGAGAGGGAAAUUGAAGCGCUCGACCGUCGCGAUGGACCCGUGCCUGGGUCGCAGCACAAGGAGCAUAAAGAAUCACCGGAUGAGGUGCAACCGGCAGCUGAGUCCACAGAUACCGGGUCUACGAUGAAGCCAUCUGCUAACAAGGUUCCAAAUCCGGAUAUGGUGGGUACUGAUACUGACCACGAUGAAGCUCCAGACACCCAGAAACAGCCUACUACUAACGAUGAAAAUACCAUUCCCGAUCAUAGUACGGAAACGGCUCAUACUAGGCAACAUGAGGAUGACUCAGGGGAGGUUGUCCUAGAGGACAAAGAGGACACAGAAGCCCCGGAGUUCUCUGAAGAGUCCGCUCCUCGCUAUGCAUUCAAACAAUGUGCUCAAGAUAUGAAAGAGCUAGCACGACAAUUGGGCACCUCUCAAAUAAUCCUUGGGGGUCAUGAUUGGGGCGGUUUUGUCGUCUAUCGCAUUGCACUCCAUUGUCCAGGUUUUGUCACCCAUAUCUUUUCUGUCUGUACUCCCUAUGGACCUCCGCAUCGGGAAUACGUCCCUCUUGACAAACUGGUCGCAACUCGUAUUCCUUUCUUUGGGUACCAGCUUCAGUUUGUAAGUGGAGAGCUGGAAAAGAAAAUCAAAACCAAGAAUGAUAUCCGCCAGUUCUUGAUUGCGCUAUUCGGGGGUCGGACACCAGAAGGAGAAAUCGGUUUUGAUGUAACGAAGGGAGCACUAUUGGACAAAGUCCCAAACCUGCGGCCCUCACGCCUUUUGAGUGAGGAGGAACUUGAUUACUAUGUGGAAGAGUACUCCAGAACCGGAAUUCACGGGCCAUUAAAUUGGUACCGGACUCGUGAACAAAAUUACAAGGAGGACUUAGAGCUUAUUGGCCAAAAGUGGGAGGUCCCAGUUCUCUUCAUUAGAGCGACGAAGGAUGACGCUCUGCGUCCGGAGUUAUCAAAGAACAUGGGAAAAUAUAUUCCUAAUUUGACACAAGCGGAAGUCGAUGCCACGCACUGGGCACUAUGGCAGAAGCCUGAGGAGUGCAAUGCAAUUAUUUCAAACUGGAUCGAAAAUGUGGCCUUCGGGGGACGCAGCAAGAUGUAG